GCCAUCUUGCGGCGGACAGCCGUUAGGUCCGUUUAAAACGGCGAACAAGUUUGAGAGCUUUCGAAACUAAACGGGAAAAUAACCUAAAAAUGAGGGCAGUGUUUGCUCUGUCGGGCUCCUUUCAGGUGUGCGGAGCCGAUAAAGGUGAACCCCGGCGUUGUCAAACUGAAAGUGAAACCAAAAGUACAUUAACGUUAACUUAGCUAACGUUAGCAGUUAAGCUAAAUGCGGACACGGCCCGGGAGCGAGGAACACACUGUUGAACAUCAUUGGAUGGAGCUGCACCCAUCUGUCCCAGGCAUCCCUGAUGGGGGCAAGUUUGUUGGAUCUUGCUCUGGAAUCUCUGUUGUCAAAUCUGAGAACUCUUGAUAUCAUGUGAAAGUGACAGUGGGCUCAUUGAGUGAUCUGUACACUCCAGCAAUAAGAAGAAUACCAAUAUGCAACCUGUCAGGUCCACCAGGACAAUGGGGGAACUGGCGGCACGUGGAUUAUUCAUUCUCAUAUUCGACGCGGUGCUUUCCGCGGGACUGUGGGCCGGGCUGGUGCUGCUCAAGUGCUCCGGUUGCGGCGGGCUGCCAGGAGUGUGGGCCUUCGCGGCCGUGAAGUGGGCCUUUCUCCACGUAUUCGCCUCCACGCUGACCGACGGGAAGCCGGAGGUCGUGCUCCGCAGGCUGGUGGCCAUCCUCUGCCUCCUCUCCCCCGUGUUUGAAAGUGGACGUCUCCUCGUGAGGCCUCCCUCGCAGCCGUACACGGGACCCUCUCCCGACCUCGGCACCCUGCUGCUGGGCCCCGUGUCCGCAGUGCUGGCCUGCGUGGUUUGGGAAAAGUACCUCUGUGGUGAUUCAAAGCUUGCAGGGGAUGACGACAAACGGAACGCCAGGCGGCUGCUCGUGAGGAUGCUGAAAUACUUCAAACCAGACACCUUUUACCUGAUUGCAGCGUUCUGUGUCCUCAUCUUAGCUGUCAUCUGUGAUGCGUUUAUCCCACUUUAUCAGGGGAAGGUAAUCGAUAUGCUCAGAGGUCAACCACUUCAAACCAGCUUCGGUUAUGCAAUUGGACAGCUGGCACUUGUCUCUCUAGGAAGCUCUCUGUUCUCUGGCUUAAGAGGAGGAAUAUUCAUGUGCACGUUGGCCAGACUGAACAAGAGACUGAAGCAUCUGCUGUUUCACACCCUCAUGCAGCAGGAGGUGCACUUCUUUGAGGAGAACAACCCUGGACGCCUCUCCUCCCGCCUGCACUCGGACGUGGACAGGAUGGGCCGCACGGUGGCGCUGAACGCCAACGCGCUGGUCCGCAGCUCGGUGAAGAGCUGCCUCAUGCUCGCAGUGAUGUUGGGCCUGUCCUGGGAGCUCACUGUGCUCACAUGCAUCGAGAUGCCUCUCUUGGCCAUCAUGCAGAAUAAAUAUAUCGCCGUGUCUCAGGAGCUGAAAGAGCAGAUCCAGGACUGCCAGGCUCGGAACAAAGAGCUGGCUCUGCAGAUCAUCGGAGGGAUCCGCACGGUCCGCAGCUUCAGGGCAGAGAAAGACGAGAUGAGGAGGUACAACGAGGCUCUGGACCAACUGUGCGCCGUGAAGACUCGUGCAGACAUCUACAGCAGUAUCUUCACCUUAAUACGGAGGCUGGUGAGUCUGGGGAUAAAGGUAGUAAUGCUGGUUCAGGCCCGUGCUCUCAUCUCGUCGGGUCACCUCAGCCUCGGGAGUCUUGUGUCCUUCUUCUUGUACCAGAAGCCCAUGUCAAACAAUUUAAAGGAGAUUAUGUACUGCUUCAGUGAGACCAUGUCGACAGUUGGAGUCAUCUCCAAAGUGUUCAGUUACCUUGACAGAGUGCCGAAGUGGAAGAACGAGGGACAGUUAGCUCCAGAGGAGCUGGAGGGGAGCAUCGUUUUCCAAAAUGUCACCUUCACUUAUCCCUCCGCUCCCGAAGACAAGCCGGCUCUGAAGUCGGUGUCUCUGGCGCUUCGGCCGGGGAAGAUGACGGCCCUGGUCGGCCCCUCCGGCAGCGGAAAGACCACCUGCGUCAGCCUGCUGAAAAGGCUGUACGAGCCCCAGGAAGGACACAUCCUGCUGGACGGAGAGCCGCUGCACCGCUAUGAGCACCAGUACCUCCACCAGAAGAUGGCCCUGGUUUCCCAGAAUCCCGUGCUGUUCUCUGGUUCACUGAGAUACAACAUGGAGUACGGCCUGAAGGACUGCAGCAUGGAGAAGGUGGAAGAGGCUGCAAAGAAAGCCAAUGCAGACAAGUUUAUCUGUGAAAUGGAGAACGGAUACGACACAGACGUCGGGGAGUGUGGCGGCGCUCUCUCAGAAGGGCGGAGGCAGUGUGUCGCCAUCAUCAGAGCUCUGGUUCGGGAGCCGCGGGUCAUCCUGCUGGAUGAGGCCACCAGCAGAGUGGAUGUAGAGGUGCAGCACGCUGUGAGUGAGGUGCUGCAGGAGGUUCUGGCUCGAGGUGGAACCGUCCUGGUGGUGGCUCAUCAGCUAAAGACAGUGGAGACGGCGGAUCACAUCAUCUUCAUGGAGAAGGGAGCCGUCGUGGAGGAGGGGACGCACCGUGAACUCAUGGCCAAGAGGGGGCGCUACCACCGCUUGAAGGAGGAACUGUUUUCGACUCAGUGAAUUAAGUUUCACUGUUUCUACACAACUUUGAGCUGCAACAAGUGAGCUUUGUCUCGUGAAUCUAAAUGCAGGAACUUGGCCGAAGGAUUGUUGAUAUCAGAUACAAAGCAGUGUUGUUGUCAGCUGCUAAACCUUCAAGAGA